AUGGAAACAUUCACCAAAUUGGAAAAAUGUGAGGUGUGUGAUAAGAUUCUAGCAAAAUACACGUGUCCUAAGUGUGAGGUUAGAACAUGCAGUCUGGCAUGUUGUCAAAUACACAAGAGAGAUUUGGAAUGCAAUGGGAUUCGUGAUAAAACUAAAUUUAUUCCUUUACAUAAAUUUACAGAUUUGGAUUUAAUUAGUGAUUAUAGAGUACUUGAAGAACUCGGCAGGACUGUAGAUCAAUUACAAAGAGAUGGAUCUAAGUCAUUCAAAUCUUCCAAUAACUUUUCAGCACGUGAAUGUAAAUUGAAACAAAGAGCCUCACAGAGUGGAGUAAAAUUAGAAUUUUUACCGAAAAAUUUCAGCAGACACCGAGAAAAUACUUCAUAUUUUAAUUGGAAGUCAAAAGAAUUGUUCUGGACAAUAGAGUGGAUUUUUCCUCAAGCUGAAAAUAUUAAGUGGAUUUCUAAAAAGGUUUUAGAAACAACUAGGCUUUCUGAACUUGUGGAAAAUGUCCUGGACCCAUUGAAUUCUUCAGAGAAAGACGAUGAUGAGGCAAAUAAACGAAUACUCAGUGAUAAAUUACAAUUUUAUCGCGGUGCAGGAUUAUCUGGCUUAGAAAUUUUAUUAAAAGCCGAAAAAGUUGAAAAAUCAAGCUCAAGAUUUUAUAAAUUAGAUCCAACGUCUAGCUUACAGAAAAAUUUAUCAAAUAAAAUAAUUAUAGAGUUCCCAACUCUGCAUAUAGUUUUUAAAGAUCAUGUUGAUAUGUAUGAAAUAGUUGACUCAGAUGACGAAGAUGCCAAGGAUUCAAUUGACCAGCCACAAAGUUAUGGUAAUAAACGUAAGAGACAUCAGCAAAAUAACAAAAACAGUGAUAAGCGGCCUGUAAAUUAUUUAUUUCAUCACGAUUCAUCAGACUCAGAAGAAGAGACUAAUAAAAAUAACGACGGAAAUUUUAGUCUAUCUAGUAUUCCUAAUUACUAUGACUUUGUACAAACGUAA